GAAGCACAUAAUUGAAUGUCGUUCUGUAUUGUCGCAGGCCUACAGUUGCGGAGCAUAGAGGAGCCAGCGGGAGGCGCGGGCGGCGGCAUGCCCGCGCCUUCCUGCUACGAUGCUGAAUGCGCACGCACUGAAGCCUGGCUCGACGAGAACCAGGAGUUCGUGCAUGAUUACUUCUUAAGGAAAGCGACGCGGCAAGUGGUGGAUGCGUGGUUAGUGUCGCACGCGACGCCGCCGAGCGCCGAGCUCGCGUCGCCGUCGCGCGCCGGUUCCGGCUCUGGAGCUACAACGCCUGUCAGAAAGAUCUCAGCGCACGAGUUUGAGCGCGGUGGUCUUCUGAAGCCGUUGGUGACGACGGUAGAUGGCACACCUACCUUCCUUGGAGACCAGCCUCCUCACGCCACACCUUCGCGGCCGCAGCGGAGGUCGCGGCAUGAACUGAGACAGCUGGACGAAAAGGAACUUAUAUUUGAAUUAGUAAAGGACAUCUGCAACGAGCUAGAAGUAAGAGUGCUGUGUCACAAGAUCCUCCAAAACGUAUCAAUAUUAUUGGACGCGGAUCGAGGGUCUUUGUUCCUGGUGCAAGGAGAGAGAGCAUCACCUAAUCCUCAAAAUGGAAGGUGUUUGGUGUCGAAAUUGUUCGAUGUCUGCUCGAAGUCAACCCCCGAGCAGAUGGAACAGCUCGAAGAGAUUAGGAUACCGUGGGGCAGUGGUAUCGUUGGCUAUGUCGCUGAAAGUGGAGAGCCCGUCAACAUACCCGAUGCGUAUAAGGACGAAAGGUUUAACCACGAUAUCGACCAGCAGACGGGUUACAAAACAAGGUCACUUCUCUGCAUGCCCAUUAAGGACAUCAACGGAGAAGUCAUCGGCGUUGCUCAGGUUAUCAACAAACAGAGUGACGGUCCCUUCACGGCCUACGAUGAGAAGGUCUUCUCAUCCUACCUUCAGUUCUGCGGCAUUGGCCUUCGGAAUGCACAGCUUUACGAGAGAUCCCAAUUGGAGGUGAAAAGAAAUCAGGUCCUAUUGGACCUCGCCCGAAUGGUGUUUGAAGAACAGAGUACUAUCGAGCACAUGGUUUUAAGGAUACUUACGCAUACGCAAAGUCUCAUCAGAUGUCAGCGAGUACAGGUACUCCUAGUUCAUGAGGCAUCGAAGGGAAGUUUCUCACGUGUCUUCGACCUGGAGGCUGGUGAUGACACCGAUCUAGGUACACCGAGGACCUCACCUUACGAGAGUCGGUUUCCUAUUAACAUUGGCAUUACGGGAUACGUUGCUACUACUGGCGAGACUGUGAACAUUCCGGAUGCCUAUUUAGAUCCCCGUUUUGAUCCGUCCGUCGACGAAGGCACCGGAUUUAAACACAACACAAUACUUUGCAUGGCCAUUAAGAAUUCCGAGGGGAGGAUUAUCGGAGUCAUUCAGUUGAUCAACAAAUUUGAUGAGCUCCUGUUUACGAAGAACGAUGAGAACUUCGUUGAAGCGUUCGCGAUAUUCUGCGGUAUGGGUAUACAUAACACGCAUAUGUAUGAGAAGGCUAUCACCGCUAUGGCGAAACAGAGUGUUACUUUAGACGUUCUAAGUUACCACGCAUCCGCAUCAUUAGACGACGCUCAACGGCUACGGACGUUAAGAAUACCUUCGUCCGCCCACUUCAGUCUUCAUGAACUCGCUUUCGACGACAUCGAAAUGACGGACGAUGACACGCUGAGGGCCUGUCUCCGUAUGUUCCUAGACCUCGACUUUGUGGAGCGGUUUCACAUAGAUUACAGCGUCCUUUGCCGGUGGCUGUUGAGUGUUAAGAAGAAUUACCGCAAUGUAACUUACCACAAUUGGAGGCACGCGUUCAACGUCGCGCAGAUGAUGUUCGCUAUUUUAACGGAGACACAGUGGUGGAAGAUAUUCGGGGAGCUCGAGUGCCUGGCGCUCAUCAUCGGCUGUCUGUGCCACGACCUUGAUCACCGGGGGACCAAUAAUUCGUUUCAGAUCAAGGCUUCAUCACCUUUGGCACAGCUGUACUCCACCUCCACGAUGGAGCAUCAUCACUUCGACCAAUGUCUCAUGAUCCUCAACUCGCCUGGAAACCAGAUCCUGCUCAACUUAUCCUCGGAUGAUUACGAGAAAGUAGUUAAAGUGCUCGAAGAUGCUAUCCUCUCUACUGAUUUGGCUGUCUAUUUUAGUAAACGCAAGGCCUUCAUCGAGCUGGUUAGCACGGAGCGACAAGUGACUCCCAACUGGGGAGAAUGCGAAGACCGCCGUGGUCUUCUCCGAGCAAUGCUGAUGACUGCGUGUGAUCUCGCAGCGAUCACCAAGCCUUGGCCCGUGGAACGACGAGUCGCUGCUCUUGUGGCUGGAGAAUUCUUCCGACAAGGAGACUUGGAGAGACAGAACCUGAAUUUGACGCCUAUUGACAUAAUGAACAGAGAUAAAGAGGACGAACUCCCUGCUAUGCAAGUCAAAUUCAUCGAUACGAUCUGCCUGCCUAUCUACGAGGCAUUCGCAGUACUAUCGCCGGCCUUACAGCCGAUGCUUGACAGAGUAAAGAGUAAUCGCGGCCACUGGAUCGACCUCGCUAACAACGACGGCGGGGAAAAGUUCGACUACGGACUUGACAAGGAACCAGAGAGAAAUGACAAGUCUAGCAUUAGCUCACAGAACGUCGACGAUACAGAGAACACGUAUGAGGGAGAUAGCAGUGGUGCUGUCAGCCUCUCUUCAGAAACAAACUCCAAAUAUGAGAACCUAGAGAAUCCUGUCGUAGGACUUCUGUGCAACAACGUCCUCACUCUCAGAGAUCCAAACAAGUUCUGUCAACUAAAUGACUAUUAAAUCCCGCUAAGGACAAUGUGAUAAAGUGUACAGGCGGGUUGAUAGUGCUCCCACGUUUCAAAGGCCAAUAGCGAAGCCAAAUCGUCCAUUUAGGAUGUUAGGAUUAGAACUAUAAGUUUCUAAGCAUCUAGCACGACUAACAAAUUUCACUUAAUUUUCAUUCGUGGCUCGUCCUUAUUGCAUUUUAGUCGAUUAAUUAUCAUAUUUGUAUGGUUGAUCAUUUGUUUAUAUUUUCAUUUUCAUGUGUCCUAUUGGUCCGCUUGGAAUGUUGGGCGAUUACGUGAAUAUUAUAAUAUGCAGUUCACGCGAUUUUCAACCGACAGUUGUGUGAUAUUCGUUUAGUAAAUAGAUGAUUUAGUCGAAUUUGAAAUUUAUCUAAACGCAUGGCGUAAUUAUCGAUAAGUUGUCAUGACCAUCGCCGCACUAUUUUUAUACACUUCAUUAUGUAGCUUUACAAUAUUUAAGUACCUAUAAGAGGAAAUUUUACAAAUAGGUAUAUAAUGUUUUUUAAUUUACCUCAUUCGUUUAUUCCUACUACGUAAUACAUGAAGUCGUUUCGUGUGUCGAUAGUUUUGGUAUCAUUUAAGAUACAGACAUAAUAAUAAUAAUUAUACAUCUAAUGAAAUAUUCAAUUUCUCAUAGAAACAUAAAUAUUUCGACGUUUAAAUAAAAUACUCUUAUCCACGCUGACCGCAGUAAGUGUAACAAAACAGGGCCUAACUGUCGUGACGUAGUUGUAUGACCAAAAUACCAAAAAGUUUUUAUGUAGAUGUACUAAAAUCUUAUUUUUGUUUUAAUGAUUAUUCGGUUUUUUAUCAUUACCUAUCUAUUAAUCCUUUCAUAAUUUGUAUUUCAUAUGAAAUUUAAAUUAUUAUUAAAACCUCUGAUUAUGUGUGUGUGUGCUGAAUUAUAUAAUGCACUGUCGACAGUUUGUGUAAUGUCAAAUGGUAAUUCUACAGUAGCACAACGUAAUGUUUUUGUAAAUAAUUAAUCAAUGUUAUAAAUACUGUAAUACUAACGUGUUGUAAUUUUGCUAAGUACUUAUUAUAAAUUCGGGUUUUCUCUAUUAAUUGUACCUACAUGGAUAAUUUUGUUUCUAUAUACUGACUUUUUUAAUUGUAUGCAGUAAUUCGAUGAAUCGUAUGCCACGAAAAAAUAGACUUUAUUUCAAUGGGAUUAGAAAUAUAAUUGAAUCAAGUUGCUGAAUACGAUUUAUUAGUCGGGAUAUAUUAUUUUAUCUGCUUAUAGGAACUGUGGCCUCGCAUUGAUUUUUCAAGACAGUUACGGCACCCUCUGAUCCAUUCCAAUUCUAUUUUCGAUUUUUAAAAUAGAUGCCUCCAUUUUGUUUGUGUUGUCCAGUAAGUUUUUUAUAAAAAAAAGUGUCAAUUAUAAUCUACAUACGGAAUUUAUUAUGU